GACUUUGGGGGAGUUGGUGCCCCGCCCCCCACAGGCCUUGGCGGGGUCAUGGGGACCCCCCGUUCUGGGCCGGGGGGCGUGCGAGUCGGGGCCCUGCUGCUGCUCGGCGUUUUGGGGCUGGUGUCUGGGCUCAGCCUGGAGCCUGUCUAUUGGAAUUCGGCGAAUAAGAGGUUCCAGGCCGAGGGUGGUUACGUGCUCUACCCUCAGAUCGGGGACCGGCUUGACCUGCUCUGCCCCCGGGCCCGGCCUCCUGGCCCCCACUCCUCUCCUAAUUAUGAGUUCUACAAGCUGUACCUGGUAGGGGGUGCCCAGGGCCGGCGCUGUGAGGCCCCCCCUGCCCCAAACCUGCUCCUCACCUGUGACCGGCCGGACCUGGAUCUCCGCUUCACCAUCAAGUUCCAGGAAUACAGCCCUAACCUGUGGGGUCACGAGUUCCGCUCGCAGCACGAUUACUACAUCAUCGCCACGUCGGACGGGACCCGGGAAGGCCUGGAGAGCUUGCAGGGCGGCGUGUGCCUCACCCGGGGCAUGAAGGUGCUCCUCCGAGUAGGACAGAGUCCCCGAGGAGGGGCUGCCCCCAGAAAGCCUGCGUCUGAGGUGCCCGUGGAGAGAGACCGGGGGGCAGCGCACAGCCUGGAGCCUGGGAAGGAGAGCACGCCAGGUGACCCCACCAGCAAUGCAACCUCCCGGGGUGCUGAAGGCCCCCUGCCCCCUCCCAGCAUGCCCGCGGUGGCCGGGGCCGCGGGGGGGCUGGCGCUGCUGUUGCUGGGCGUGGCAGGGGCUGGGGGUGCCAUGUGUUGGCGGAGACGGCGGGCCAAGCCUUCGGAGAGUCGCCACCCUGGGCCCGGCUCCUUCGGGAGGGGAGGGUCUCUGGGCCUGGGGGGUGGCGCUGUGAUGGGACCCCGGGAGGCCGAGCCUGGGGAGCUAGGGAUAGCUCUACGGGGAGGAGGGGCUGCAGACCCCCCGUUCUGUCCCCACUAUGAGAAGGUGAGUGGCGACUAUGGGCACCCUGUGUACAUCGUGCAGGAUGGGCCCCCCCAGAGCCCUCCUAACAUCUACUACAAGGUAUGAGGGCUUCUCCUACCCGGCUCUCCUGGAUCCAGCCCUUCUCGGGUGCUCCUCCGGUUUAGGUCACGGUCGGAGGGCCGCCUCUGGCGUCUCCUCGGCCCCUCUGCCCCCCCCCCCCGCCCCCCAGGUCCUGUGCUCCUGGCUGUUGUCACCCUGUCCCCCUCUUCUCCACUCUUAGGACUCCUUAAGACUCCUGCCCUCGGUUGGCCACGUGUGCCCCCUCCCCGUCUCUGUGCUCCUGGGUCCUCUUUCCUUGGGGAGGGGGCAGGGACGCAGCCUCCUCUCCUGCCCGCGACCCGGCCACCCCGUGCCCCUGACCCGCCGAGAGCUCGGGGCGGGAACGGUCUGUCUUUUGUUGGCGUCUCUUCCUUUCUGCCUCUCACUGUUUUUCUCUUCUU